AUGCUGCCGCUGCUGUGCCUCGCUGCCCUGUGCCUCUUGAGCAAACCUCCGGGCGCUGCUGCCGCUCCGCCACACUCCAGCAGAGCGGAGUCUGCCCGGAACAAGCUGCUGCUCAUCUCUUUCGACGGCUUCCGCUGGGACUACGACAGGGACGUGCACACGCCUCACCUGGACGCCAUGGCUGUGGAUGGGGUGAAGGCGCAGUACGUCACUCCGGCGUUCAUCACCAUCACCAGCCCCACACACUUCACCCUGCUCACAGGGCGAUACAUUGAGAAUCAUGGAGUGAUUCACAACAUGUGGUUCAACACCACCACUCAGGAGAAGAAGCAGUACUACCAGAGCCAGUUUGUGGACUCCUACUGGGACAAUGGCAGCUUACCCAUCUGGAUAACAGCUCAGAGACAGGGUCUUAAAGCCGGAUCUCUACACUUCCCCGGUACAGCAGCCACGUACAGAGGAGAGACGGUGGAGGUGAAGGAGGUGGAACCUCUUUUUUAUGACUAUUCCAAUGAGACUGAUUGGAGACUGAACAUUGACAAAGUGAUCGGAGAGUGGUUCCACCAGCAGGACCUGGACUUCGUCUCCUUGUACUUUGGAGAACCAGAUCUGGUUGGGCACAGGUACGGACCAGAUUCUCCAGAACGCCGAGAAAUGGUUGAGCAGGUGGACCGGACCGUGGGCUACAUCAGGGAGAAGGCCCGCCAACACGGCCUGACUGAUCGGCUCAACAUCAUCAUGACCGCCGACCACGGGAUGACCACCGUGCUGCGGGGCGGUCUCGUUAACGAGAUCAUUCUCUCUGAGAUCCCAGGCUUCAGCUUCAAAGAUCUCCAGUUUCACCUGGUGGAUUAUGGUCCCACUGGGAUGCUGCUGCCUAAAGAAGGGAAGCUGGAGACGGUGUACCAGGCUCUGAAAGGAGGCCACCCCCACCUGCACGUGUACAAAAAGGAAGAGAUGCCUGAACGGCUGCACUACAGCAAACACCCUCGACUCCUGCCCAUCAUACUGUUUGCAGAUCCUGGAUAUGUCAUCAAUGGGUUUUUCCCUCUGCAGUUCAACAAAGGCGAGCACGGCUUUGACAACCAAGUCCUGGACAUGAAACCCUUCUUCAGAGCAGUUGGUCCUGAUUUCCAGAAGAACCUUGAGGUGGGGCCCUUCGAGACGGUCCACGUGUACGCCCUGAUGUGCCACUUACUUGAAAUGAGCCCCGAGGUCAACGAUGGAAGCCUGGACUACACCAAACACAUGCUGGUACCAAGGUCCGGCGCAGAGGGAAGCCACACUGCAGAGAUGGGUGUCCUUUCCCAAGUUGCAGUUGGCCUGGCGGCAGUGACGGGCUUCCUGGUUCUGGUCUUCAUCACAACCACUUCCUACACUCUGCUGAAGAGGAGGAGAGCAGAAAACAGGCGGAGGCAGCAACCCAGGAGGUGGUGGAGGAGGUGUUGCCCCCGACCGCAGGCCCGGUUCCAGCGGCGGUCGGGGAAGAGGGUCCUGCUGCGUGCCCUGCCGUGCCGACGGAGCAACGCGUCUUCCCCGAAGCUAAGUGUCCCGUUCCCGAGCGUUCCCGGUCAGGCCAGUCAGGUGUUGGUGUGA